GUCGUACCAAUCCUGACCAGUACGGUGAUCGAGUGUCAGAAAGCCGGAUUGAAAACUGCCAGUUUCGGAUACGCGGCGAUGUUGUUGCGUCCGGAGUAUCGGGAUAAACUGGACCCGAAACAUCGACGCAAAUUCGAGACCCUGAUUCGACGACCAAAUCGGAAACCAGCGAAUAGUGACCUGACCGCUGGUGGACCAGAUGCCGACCCAAGUGAUGCGGAAACGGAACCCUUGACUCCUUGUCCUUCUUGUGCACAGUCUUUGCCGGCAAGCGUGCUCUAUUGCACAGAAUGUCGUAGCACCUUGCCCUAUUGUAUUAUCACGAAUCACCGUUCAAACUCAUCACAUGCAUACAAUCGUCGAAUUGCUUUCCAGGGUAAUCACGUAAUCAAGAAUGAUUUGACCAUAUGCCCUGGAUGUCAGUUUCCUGCCAAUUACAGUGAUAUGAUGAGUUUUGUGGAAAACACUGACACUCCCACAUGUCCAAUGUGUUCGGUAGAGCUGAAACGAGAUUAUAUUCGUCGGAUCACGGAUCCGGCCAAACUACUCUAUGCGUGGAUCACUAAUGCGGAGGAGUCGGAGGAGCCGGAAACGCAUCCCCGUCCGUGA